UUGUAAUACGGUUGCAACUUCCACAACCGAUCCUUUUGCAAAUCUAUAUAAACUCUGCGAAUGUCUCUGGGAAACUUGGGUUGAUCAGAGUGAAAACGAUUCCUUUCCUUUGUUCAUAUUGAUAAUGGCGGAUAACAUCCGGAGACAAUUGCAAGAGAUUGCUUUGGGAAUUGAAGAUGCAACAAUCAAUCUCCCUGUGGAUUUGUGUGAAGAGGCGAUCAAUGAGACCCGUUUCAGUAUGAUUGUGAAACCGGUUAACCCGAGGAAACAAAAUCUGCGAGCAAUGCUCAGUGCCCUGCCAUGUCUAUGGGGGGUUAGUGAAGAAGUGACAAGCCAGAUUCUGGAGAAUAGGAAAAUUCAAUUCCUAUUUCAGUCUGAAGAAUCAAUGUCCUCGAUUCUGCGACGAGGGCCUUGGUCAUUCAAUGACUGGAUGUGUGUACUCCGACAAUGGAAUCCAAACCAGAUGGAUGAAGAUCUGAAGCAUAUACCCUUCUGGGUUCAAAUUAGGGGAAUCCCACUCUGUUUCCUCACACAACGAAUGAUCACUUUCAUAGGACAACACCUCGGACACUUCAUCGAAACUGACUUCGGUGAAGACAAUGAUAUCAUGGUCGACUAUGUCCGUGUUCGUCUACUAAGGAAUGUUGACACUCCUCUGCGUUUUCAAAGACAAUUUCAAUUUGGUGGAGAGACCUGCGUGCUCAAGUUUCGAUACGAGAAACUCCGAAAUUUCUGCUCAAAGUGUGGAAUGCUAACUCAUGAUGCGUUUGAAUGCCCUCAGGGAAUCAAUGCGCCUCUUCCUCCACCGGCGGAUGAUGAUGAUGAUGAUGAUGAUGAUGAUCCUAACUACGGUCCAGACGGCCCAGAUGGGAACUUGCCAGAUGAGACAGAGGAACCAAUGAACAGAACUGCUGCAACAAAAGAGGAAGAAGGUGGAAAUUAGUCAGCAUCUAAGAAGAGAAAGACAGAGUCAUCCUCAGCAACAGAGCACUACCCAUAUGUUCCCCUGAUCUGCUGCGAAAUGUGUCAAGCAUAUGCUACCAAUGACACUCAACAAUGCUACGCAAAACAGAACAGCAAGCAAUCCGAAGUACUGGAGAUGCACAACUGGUUCUUGGUGAAUGCGGGUACAACAAAACAGGGAACAAGCAACAAUGGAAGACCUCCACAAACUCCUAAUUGUGAAGGCAUGGUGGGCUAAAAGCCACCGGAGCUGCGAUUAAUACAUCCUUUUGGAACUGCCGGGGCUUGAAAGGGUCCUUGCUAGUUCGACGCCUCAAGGGAAUUAAGGCAACUUAUUCCCCGGACUUACUCUUUCUGAUCGAAACGAAGAAUCCCGAUGAUAUCGUCCGAGAUGUAGAAGCCCAAUUGGAUUAUGAUUAUGUUAAGUGUGUUUCUCCUUUGGGUAUUGGUGGUGGGUUAGCCUUAUUGUGGAAAAAGACUAUUUCAGUUUGUUUUUAUGAUGUUGAUGAAAGAAUCAUCGAUUGUAAGAUAAGUAAUAAAGAUGUU